AUGGGGAUCACAGACACGUCAUUCAGUGCAGGGUGGUUCACAUCUUGGAAGGCCAGAUUUAACAUCUCAUCCAAAGUCAUCAGUGGGGAAGCAGCAGCAGUGGACCUGGGGGUGGUUGACAAUUGGCAGACAACAACAUUGCCUGAAAUUUUGAAGCAGUAUCCCCCCUCCCACAUCUACAAUUGUGAUGAAAGUGCCCUGUUUUACAAGCUGCUGCCCAACAAGUCCUCGGUCAUGAAGGGAGACACCUGUCAUGGGUGUAAGAGACCCAAGGAUAGGCUCACAUUUAUGGCCUGCACCAACAUGGAUGGUUCAGAUAAGGUGGAGCUCCUGGUGGUGGGUAGGGUGUGGAAACCCAGAUGCUUGAAAAAUGUGAAAAACAUCCCAGUCGAUUACCAUGCCAACAACAAGGCCUGGAUCACCUCCAACCUCUUCACUCAGUGGUCCAAGAAAUUGGACAGGAGGUUCAAGAGCUUGCCUGGGCAUCUGUCACCCCCCCAGACCACUGUGAACUGCUUCAAAAAAAACAAAGUUUGUGCCCAGGAUGACUCCCAGAAUGACCCCAAGGAUGACAUUCCCCCAUCUCAGCUGGCAGUGGAUGAGGAUGACAUUCCACUUGCCAGCUUAUUCCAGCAAGCCAGCCAGUACAUGGAAGUAGAAGGCACGCUGGAUGACUACCUCAGUGUCGACCAGAACCUGAUAGCAGUGACUGAGGAAAUAGAGGAGGACAUCUUUGAAGAUGUGAUGUCCAAGCACAUUGGACCCCAGGACAUCCAAGAGGACGAGGAGGACGAGGACAUCUCCCCCCAACCCCAGCCACCAAGUUGUGAAACCAUCUUAUCACAUCUUGAGGACAUCCAGCUGUUCCUGGAAACCCAUCCAGACAUGUCAGAGAAGAGCCAGAAGAACAAGAGUCAAGUCCAUGAACAAUAA